AGCUGCAGAGUGUCCAGCCGGCAUGGAGCGGCAGGCUGCGGAUCACGGCCAAGGGCAAGAUCGCGUUCAUUAAGCUGGAGGACAAGACCUCGGGAGAGCUUUUUGCCCAGGCGCCAGUGGAGCAGUUCCCUGGCAUCGCUGUGGAGAGCGUGACGGACUCCAGCAGAUAUUUCGUCAUCCGGAUCGAAGAUGGGAACGGCCGCCGAGCUUUCAUUGGAGUCGGCUUUGUUGACCGAGGGGAUGCUUUUGACUUCAACGUGGCUCUCCAAGACCACUUUAAGUGGGUGAGGCAGCAGAGCGAGCUGGCCAAACAGGCCGAGAACCCUCAUCAGGGACCAAAACUGGAUCUGGGCUUCAAGGAGGGGCAAACCAUCAAACUCAACAUUGCGAACAUGAAGAAAAAAGAAGGAGCAACGGGGAACACCAGACCACGUCCCGUGGGUGCUGGGGGCCUGAGCUUGCUCCCACCACCUCCCGGAGGAAAAUCUUCCGCUCCGCUUUGUCCUUCUGGAGAGCGGCCGCCUUCGCUCUUGGCGCCUGCCCAGCUCCCGGGCACCCCCAUCACAGACUCCCUCUUGUCCUGGCCGCAGCCCGCUGCUGCUCCCUCUGCCGCCGCUGCCGACGUCUGGGGAGACUUUGCCAAAGCUUCAGGGUCAGCUUCUAACCAGACUCAGGCGAACGCAGGCUGGGUUCAGUUCUGA